GAGUCUAAUAACCUUGAUUAUAACAACCAAACAAAAUAAAACAAAACACGCAUAAAGCCGGCGCUGUAAAAAUACGGUAUUAAUUACCACUUAUUUUCCGUGGUAAUAUUAAAUUAACAUUCAUGUGUAUAAUUAUGUUUACGAUUGCCGGGAGUAAGUUUUAAAAAAUAUUACUGGGGAUCUUUAUUUGCGAACUGCUAAACUAAGACUAAAGCUAACUUCUGGAUUCGGUGCUAUUUAGCUAGGCUGGUGUUUUCGGUGCUGUUAGGUUUGCCGGUCACGUUGUCAUCCACGUUUAUGAUCAUGUUGCCUCGGUCCGUCCGACCAUACGACACCACACCUGGUCGUGGGAACCUGCUUCCAGUGGAGUUCCCGUUGGAACCUGACUCCGCGCGUGGAGUAACAUCGAUGGCUCGCUUGCGACCGUUUUCCUACUCAGCACCUGUAUCAUAGUGCGUAGCGCAUGUAUACAUAUCUGUAUAUUAUUUUAGCAAACCUAAACAAAACAUAAAAAAAAUGCAAAAAAUGAAUGUAAAUUGGAACGGAUCAGGACCGAAAAAAUGAAUGUAAAUUGGAACGGAUCAGGACCGAAAAAAAUGAAUGUAAAUUGGAACGGAUCAGGACCGGGAUCGGCGUCAGGACAGCGAUCGACAUCGGUAAAGCGAUCGACAUAAGAACAGCAAUCGGGACCAAGACUGGCACCGAUAUCAGUACUGAGUUCGGUAUCAGGACUGGCAUCGGUAUCAGGACGGCCAUCGGGAUCAGGUCUGUAUUCGGGAGCAGGCCUGGCAUCGGGAUCAGGACUGGCAUCGGGAUCAGGACUGGCUUCGGGAGCAGGACUGGUUUCGGGAGCAGGGCGGGAACUGCGCAAAUAUAUGCGAGAGGAUCUGCAGCAAGGCUUGCGACAUGGAUACUGGACGAAGUUGAGUUUUGCGGUCCUGAUGAUUUGGUUUUCUUUGAUGUUCCAGGAAGCAAUAAGUAUGAUGCCGAAAUGAUGCUGGAUGAGGAUGUUGGUGGUCGGACGAGCUUCACUGGAGUGUUCACGGAAGUAUUGAUGAUUCUACAGCCUGAAAAAGCAGUUCACCUCAAAGAACCUGUCGCGACGGACGAAGCUGGGACUAUAUAGUACCUAUAUAGUACCAGUGCUCACAUACGCCUCUGAGACAUGGACACUGUCCAAAUCUGACGAAACCCUCUUAGCUGCGUUCGAGAGGAAGAUGCUCAGAAGGAUACUUGGCCCCGUAUGUGUGGAAGGACAAUGGAGGAGCCGCUAUAAUGACGAGCUAUACGAGAUGUACGGCGACCUCACUGUCGUACAGCGUAUCAAGCUCGCCAGGCUCCGGUGGGCUGGCCAUGUUAUACGCAUGGAAACGGACGACCCAGCCCGUAAAGUCUUUUUAGGCCGUCCACAAGGACAGAGGAGGCGUGGUAGGCCCAAAUUGAGGUGGCAAGAUGGCGUGGAGGCAUCCGCCAUUAAGGCCGGGAUAACGGACUGGCAGACGAAGGCGCGAGACCGUGAGCGGUUUCGGACACUCCUGAGGCAGGCCAAGACCGCAAAGCGGUUGUAGCGCCGGAUAAGUAAGAGCUGAUGACGGUGAUGCCGAAAGGACGCGGGGCGAGGAUGCUGAUGAUUGCACGAGCUUCGCUGGGGCAUUCACGUGAAGGACUGGUCGGCAAAUUUGUUCAGAUUUGAUAAUUACUGGUCUAUUUGCCUGUUUUGCACUUUCAGGAGCUGAUGACGGUGAUGCCGAAAGGACGCGGGGCGAGGAUGCUGAUGAUAGCACGAGCUUCGCUGGGGCAUUCACGUUAAGGACUGGUCGGCAAAUUCGUUCAGAUUUAAUAAUCACUGGUCUAUUUGCCUGUUUUGCACUUUCAGGAGCUGAUGACGGUGAUGCCGAAAGGACGCGGGGCGAGGAUGCUGAUCAGAGAGAGAUUGACUGUCAAACUGAGUGGAUGUGCCUUCCUCGUGCUCCUGAUUUUAUACGCUGUUUUGCCGUGUUAUUUCUGGAACAUUUGCAACAUUUGCAACAGUGGUGCUGCUGAGUUGUUCGUACUGGCUAGUGCGUGCCUUCGAUUAAUAUAAAGCUGCACUGGAGUUAUUCUGUUUAUUCAACAUUUAUUCAACAUUUUUGCCGAGAAAGUGUUUGGCUUCGUUUCUGCUCCUGUCACUCAUCAGUUUGUGCUGAGUCAUCGUUAUGCAGUGCUCAACCUGCAAUGCACUCACCGAUAGUGCUAAUUCGGUGUCCUGUGCCGGUGUUUGUGGUUCCAAGCAUCACACCCAUUGCACGGGGUUUUCCCGUGAUUCUACUCGUGAGCUUGGGCGUAAUAAUCAAUUGUUGUGGUUGUGCAAAACAUGUCACGAGUUUCGCAUUGGCACAAAUUCACUUCUCACAAGUGAGAUAGCAGCCCUACUCGAAUUGGUGAAAGCAGAUAUUCUCACCACAAUUGACUCAUCUCUCUCUUCUCUUAGAUCGGCUAUCAAGAGCGAUUUGCUUCCUGAGAUCCUCGCUCUCGUUGAUAAGCGAGCGCCAACACCCAUAUUAGCUAAGCCGUCUGUUAGCAACGCAUCGCGAUCGCACACAUCCACUAAUGUAUCGUCGCUCAAUGCCACAAAUACAUCCAGAACGAUUAAAACAGCUUCCACUCGCCGCACAUUUACUAACUCAACGGAGCUCACUGAUGAUAUCCAAGCUGCGAACGAUACCAACACUGUGGAUGAUUCUGACAACUGUAACCACUACAAUCAUCGUACUAAGCCGACUAGUGAUGUUAGUGCUGGAAACUAUCGAACAAAUACACAAGCAUCUUCUGAUCCUGUUUUGAACCAAAACACCACCAACACGGGCAUAGCCGAGAAAGUAUGGUUAUACUUCACGAACAUCAAAUCGCAUGUCUCGGCUGAUGAUAUGCGUGUGUGGCUUAAAGCUGUGCUACCAACGGACGAUAUUAAUGUUUACCGUCUCACGAAAAAGGGUGUGAACCUGGACUCGAUGUCCUUCAUAUCGUUCAAAGUGAGUGUUCCUAAAUCUCUUAAGGAGCUUGCGCUGCAGUCUACUAUUUGGCCAGUUUCACUUACUGUUCGGGAGUUUGUUGCUCGUGGCCUACCAAAGCAACGUGUACAUGAAAGGGCUCGAUUUGACCCUUCUGAGCUUAUUUCGCAUCGUACAAAUAGUGAAAAUUGCUCUUCAGCUGUGCCAAAAACUACCGCUCAUCCGGAUCAUUUUUUGUAACAUCGAUCGCCACCCCCACAGCGCGUGAUUCUAUCACCAUCCCAGAUGACCGAGAUCCUAGAGGCUAUUCAACUGGAGUUUCCUCCCACACCGCCUUAGUUAUCACCGGGGGAGGGGCUUCAAUCACAAUCCAAUCUCAGCAACACGAACCGCUCACCACAGAUCAGCCCGUUUGCCAAACGGAUAGCUCACAAUUAAUAGACCCAUUUGUGAUAUAUUACCAAAAU